ACUUGCCCCGCGGCACACGCGCCGGCGCCCGAACAUGUCCGUCCUGCCCCCGAUCAUCGACUCCCUGCCCGAGGCGGAGUCCCCCGACGGCGACGUCCUGUCCGAGCCCUUCCUCGCGACGUGCCGUCUCGUGCUUCCCGUGUUCGAUCGCCUCGGCGUCGCGUUCGCUCCAGCCAAGUCGGACGUCAGCGGCAACAUCGAGAGGCUCGCCAAGCGCGCGGGCGCGCACCCGAAGCUGUUCGACAUAUGCCUGGAGGAGGUCGCCGCGGGGACACAGGCGUCCAACUCGGGGUGUUGCAAGGGUUUGCUGUGGCUGAAGCGCUUCCUGGAGUUUACGAUGGCGCUGCUGCGAGCGCUGGAGGAGGAGCCGCGGACCAGGGCCAUGAAGGACUGCGCCAACGACGCCUACGCGCGGUGUCUCAAGCCGUACCACGGGUGGAUCUCGAGCAGCGCGUUCUCGGUGGUGAUGUCGUUUCCGCCGUCGAGGCGGGACUUCGUGAACUCGUUGGGAGGCGAGGGGGCGUACGGAGACAUUGGGAGGUUAACCGCGGGGUUCGGCCCGGUGCUGGCCAAGAUUCAUCAGUUCCUGGUCGACAACGGGCUCGACGACCCGACCAAGGUGUGACGAGCUCUUAAUCUUAGUGGGUUUAAACAACGCGUUAAAACGUGGUGAUU